UCACAGCACAAAUAUCGUGUUGCACGUGCAAAUGUGAAUGCUAAUGACAACUAAAAUAUGCAUUAGUGCAUUGCUGAAAUGCACACAUUUUUCCUUAGAGUAUGAAACUUUAGAAAAAGUAAACAAAAUGACGUCAUGAAUAAUGUCAUUUUAUCUUUAAUUUAAAGACCUGUGAAAGAUGGUUGGUGGAUCAUGGAUUUUGCUUGCCUAUGUGGCCGGAAUAUCUUUGUGUUUUUUGUGUCUCGUGUACAUGCUGUCUCUAUUUCUGGAGCACUGGAGGAGAAAGACUAUCAAAGAUAAAAUUGUCCUCAUCACAGGUGCAACAUCAGGACUUGGGAGAGCAUGUGCGGAGGUGUUUUAUAAGGCAGGGUGCCAUGUAAUUUUGUCUGGAAGAAGCACAUCAAAGCUAGAAGAAACGAGAACUGCCUUACAAGAGAAUGCAGUGGGUGGUGGCAAACAUGAACUACAUAUGGUUACCAUGGAUUUAGAAGAUCUAGCAUCAUUACAAGAAAAGUGUCAAGAAGCCGUCUCAAUAUUUGGUGAAAUAGACAUUCUCAUCAACAAUGCAGGUGUCAGUUUCCGCGGACAGAUAGAGAACACCUCACUGGAGGUAGAUCAGAAAGUAAUGCUUGUCAACUACUUCGGCCAUGUUGCUCUCACUAAAGCAAUCUUGCCAACCAUGCGGAAUCAAGGUCGAGGUCAUAUUGUGGGUAUAAGCAGUAUUCAAGGGAAAAUCUCCAUACCGUACAGAUCGGCAUACUCCGCUUCCAAGCAUGCCUUCCAGGCAUUUUUUGACUGUCUGCGUGCAGAGGUGGCUGACAGGAAUAUUGCUGUGACUGUGAUUAGCCCUGGUUAUGUAAAGACCAAUCUCUCUGUGAAUGCAGUGUGUGAGGAUGGGUCGAAAUACGGUGUUACAGACAAGACGACCGCGGCUGGAAUGAGUCCCGAAUACGUGGCCAUGCAGGUUUUGAACAGUGUCAUUAUGGGAAGAAAAGAUGUAAUUCUGGCCUCCUUCGUUCCACGAAUUGCAGUGUUCAUCAGGACUCUUCUACCUGGACUAUUUUUCAAGCUAAUGGCAUCGCGAGCGGAAAAACAAAAACAUGAUUUCAUGAAAAACAAAUGAAGUUUUGCUAACUCUGCCCUGUUCAGAAUUUAACAUGUGACCACUGCACAAAAUUAUUGAAGCUUCUGAAAUGUUAUUGGUGCUUUUGGUAGCGGAGAUGUUUGGCCAUCAGCUUUUGUGAAAAGAUGUUUGUGUUCUACCAUCAGGUAUCACUGCGGUUUCUGUUAAAAGCACAUAAGGUUAAAACAUAUUUUAAAAUUCCAAGUGAACCAAAGAAAUUAACUUUACUUACAAAAAGAGUGAAUAGGCAGAGUACAGUAUGAAUAAUAUUUAAAAUAAAAAAGUGUCCUUUUUUAAUUAACACAAUUCUGGAGAACAACAUGUAUAACUGUGUCCUAACUGUUUUUGUAUUGCCACUCCACUUAUUUUAGGCUACAUGUACAUGUAGGUACCAAAUAAAGAAGAAGAACACAUUGAUUUAUUAAUAAUCGGCUAUUGGAUGUCAAACAUUUGGUAAUUUUGACAUAUAGUCUUAGAGAGGACAUCCGCUACAU